CUCACACUCACACUCACACUUACACUCACACACGUAUUCGUACUCCCAUCCCGCCAGAUGGUCUUUGCUUCUAGGAAUUUCGAUGACGUGGGAAGGCAAAUUAGUAUACAUUUUAGAAAAGACGUGGCAAUGGAAAGGCGUUGAGGAGAGGGUGGGUGGGGAGUGAUGCUUUGGAGAAAGGAGAGGCGAGCGCUUGUUACAGGCGCAGCACUUCCUCCAUGUACUAAGGCACGAGGCACGCCGGCGUUCCGCUCUCAUUCCUCCCAUUGUCCGCUAUUUUCCUUUUUUGCCUCUUCGUGAUAAGAGUGUUGUCCCGUCUUUCUUAGAUUUGUUUUGUUUUGUUUCCCAACCCGAUGACAUUACUUUAAAAAGCAAGUGCUUACUUAAAAGAUAGUGGGUGAUUCAGAGCUUUUGUUGAAUAUUUUUAAGGGCUAGUCUUUAUUUAUGCUGCAUUAUGCAGACCGUAAAUCCACAGUAAAGAGACCGUUUUCUAUUAGUUAUAUAAGAUUGCUUGUCUUAGCAGCUUAGGAAGCAGUUUACGCAUUUUUGCAACCUUUUGUCUUGACCUUCCCAUAAACUCGAGACCCCGCCACCCUCUCAGAAUUUUUGAAAUAGAGUUUUAUCCAUUGAAAGAUUUUUUAUCUAAUUGUCCACAUUGCACGGUUUCUUUUUGUAGAUACUCCGACAAACGAAUAGGAUAUUUUAUAAAAGCUAUCUUCAUUGUUGAAACCAUUUUAUGCAAGCUAUGUACAUUUCCCCCAGUUUCUGUAUGAAGUUGAGCUGACACACACGCAAGGGAGACGCACACAAAUAUGAUGGGAGAUAAAUUCGAUAAAUUCGUCGUAAAAGCGAUAAUGGCUUUUCUUCGCCCUCUCCCCCGUAGUGUAUGGUAGUAAUAUUGCGCAUUUUAGACUGUAUUGUAUUGUAGAAUACAUACCAAAUAUAUACCGAGUUUGACAGUGGUUGACUGAAAGAAUCUGUUUGAAAGGUUACUUCCUGCAAUGUUGAGGAAUGGGCGACUGGAUCCGACCGUCCUGGACAAUCCUUUGGCUGCGAACAACAUUAAAAAUUCUAGAGGAAGACGAAACUAUGAGACUGAGGAAUCAGAGGAACAGAGACACAGCAGGUGGAGAGACUCUUGUCACAAUCUCCGUCCUCAAGAGAGUGACGAGGAGAGACACCUCCGAGAGUAUGUUAGUUCUCGGCGAGUGAUUGAACAUCCCGACACUAAACGCGUGAGAGAAAGUGACCAAAUGUUCUCCAAAGAUAACAAAGAUAGAAAACGGAGUAAGGACAGACAAGGAAGCAAGCGUGACAAAGAGAGGAAGAAAGUACAUCCGGUCGACGAAGUGACAACUUCCUGUCGCUCUCGCACUCCUCGGAGGGCCCGGAAGCCCUCGCCCGUGAGACCCGCCAGUACCUCGUGGACUUGUUAUGAUGAAAACGAUACUAGCAUUGCGUAUAUCUUGUACGAGAGGCUGACCAAUGGCGCGGAGGACGAGUGGGAGCACGAGGAGAUCACGCUGGAGCGCGGCAACCAGGGCCUGGGCUUCAGCAUCGCCGGGGGCACCGACAAUCCUCACAUUGGUUCCACAAAAUCAGUCACUAUGUUGUCUAAUGCUGGGGGCUGUUCCCCCGCCGAUCGGCCCCCAUUGGGGCUGCCGUCCUGCAACCCAUCCCCAAGGAAAACAAAGAAUCCUCCCCGUAUUCACGGCAGGAGAGAGCGCACGACCGACAUGCGGGACCAAAGUCUAUAUCAGUAUAUAGACCUUGUGGCAUAA